CAUAAACCCUAAAUAACAAACAUCAACCUUUCAUUUAAAAAACUGUCUUGCAACCAUUAACUAGCCUUCAUCAGCUUCGAUAGAACCUCCAACGUAUGUUAGCUCAUUAUAAACUCAGUUUCUAAGAAUUCAUGUCUGAAAGACUCUGCCUUUGAUUUUCUGCUCGAAAUCACAUUCUGCUCCAUUUGAAGAAAACAACAACCAGGUUCUACAUGAUACUGAUUGCAACAGUUUGUCACCAAAUGCUAAUGAAAGGGCUGCAUUUCAAAGGUUUGACAUUUUGUAUGACAGUGAACACACAUGUAGCAAGCAGACUUUGAAGCAGUUUUCACCUCUGUGUCUUGUGUGUUGCUGUGGGUUUGUGGGGGUCUUGGCUUCUUGGUGUCCGGCACGGUGCUGCACGGAUGUGGUUAGAUUCAGUUUGAAACAGGAAACACACAAGUUCAUACUGCUCUCAUUAGUCCUUCAUCUGACUUCAAGCAAUAUCCAUUAGAGCGGAGAUGGAGUGAAAGGCCUCUCUAAAGGCAUGAUUGAAGUCCAGAGCCAGCAAGGAGUUCUCCUUGCUAUUGUUUCUCUGGCCUGCCUUGGUUGUAUUUAUGCUCUAUGUCUGUGCUGCGGAAAGAGAUCUUCUAUGAAACAAGAGGACAAUGACCUGUAUGACCAAGAUGACUUCAAUCAGGACAGUGAAUAUGCUGAAAGCAGAAAACAUACGACAGUGCAAAGACCAAACCAAAGAGAGAUGCCUUCAACCUCAAGGCGAUCACCGAUGAACAGGCCUGUGAAUAGUGACACCCAAUGGAGUUAUCAAAACCUUACAGAUGUAGAAAAUGGCAUCUUGGAACCAACAUAUGUGGACCCAAUUCCAAAUUCGCUUUAUGCAAACGAGGACGACACAGAUUUGGACACAGGAACAUACGAGAAUGUUUUUCCAACACCAGUCGUGCAACUUGACUCAGAUAGCUGCAAUUAUGAAAACUGGGACCAUAGAUGCGAAGAUGGUAAUAUUUAUGAUGAACCAGACUACGUGAAUGAAUUCAAACAGUGAAUAGGAACCAUUUCUUGUAUCAGAAUUUUGAUCUUGGUUGCAUUUACUGUUAUUAAAUUAAAAUGUUAAAAAGUGUACUGCUUGACCUCUUGAAGGAGUCAAU